CGUCUUGUUUGCUGUCAAGGAAGCUGAAGUUUUGAACCGUUUGGAACCGCUAAGCGAAGUCUGAGGUGAAAAUGAGCCAACAGGAGGACUCGUGGGAAAAACUAGACUCAGAAUUUGACCAUCAUCUAGUGGACAUGAAACCAUAUGUCCUGAAACUUCCCGGCAAGUCAGAACGGCAGAGAUGUGCCUUAUGGAUAAAGAAGCUGUGCGAUCCUGCGGUCUCAUCUGGAUCUGGGCUCACGGCACGGAAGAACCGGAACAUGUACGCUCGACUCCUUCUGCACAUGCUCAGAAGAGGGGUUUUGGAGGGCCCCUUCAUCCACAAACCCGAUGUGGGUCCCUUGAAGACUCUUCCAACAUAUAUGGCGAUCUACUUUGAUGAGCCGCUCUUCGGGGGAUCUGUGGAGCAGAGUCCCGCCAUCCUGCCUGACUGGGUGUCCUCAGAGCUGGGGAACAGUGAGGAGACCUGGGCCUCCACAUCCAGAGAGACAGUCACCCCCACUGCCACCAGUUCUCCUCAUACACACAGGAGGAGACACACGUACGGAGACAAGCUCCCGGCUCGAACCCAGGCCUCCCGCGCCCUGACGCAGUCCGCCAGCGAGGAGGAUCAAACGAACGACAGAUGCAGAGUGCAGGCCAGAGUGCAGUCUUCCGGCGACAGCGACCUCGAAGCGCGACUCAACAGCUGGAACCUCGGGAUCGAGAAGCCCAGGUAUCUGCGGGAGAAGCCCAUCCCCCUCUCUCCGAUUUGCCUCAAAACAAGCCGGGGAAAAAAUAGAACCUACAGUGACGAUCAGGCAGUUUUUCACACACAGCAGAAAGAGGGGGAGUUGAAGGCCAAGGUUCUGGAGGCUCGGUAUCAGGAGGAGAGGCUGAAGAUGCAGCAGAGGCACGAUGCUGACGUUCAGAAGAUUCUGGACAGAAAGAAUGGCGAGAUUGAGGAACUGAAGGCCAUGUACAGGACCAAGCAGAAAGACUCGGAGGAGACCGUCUGCAAACUGGAGAAGAAAGUUCAGAGCCUGGUGCGCGAGUCGCAGGUCGUCCGCGAGAACAGAGACGAGCAGAUCGCCGAGCUGAAGAAGAUGCUGGACAACAACGCCGACUCUGUGAAAAACGAGUGGGAAACGAAGUUGCACACUGCCGUGACGGAGAUGGAGCAGGAGAAGUUUGAGCUGCAGAAGAAGCACACGGAGAACAUCCAGGAGCUUCUGGAUGACACAAACCAACGGCUAGCCAAAAUGGAGGCCGAGUACAGCACUCAGACACAGGCCACAGAGCAGGUGGUGAAGGAGCUGGAGGGCCGAGUGAAGCAGCUCUCUCUGGAGGUGGAGAACGGGAACGUCCUGCGGCAGAAGGUCACCCAGGAGAAGGCGGAGCUGGAGAUCCAGAUCGCCUCCAUCAGCUCGGAGCUGCAGGAGUCCAACCGCAGGGCCAUCACUCUGCUGAUGGAGAAUGAGGAACUUGUGAACAGUCACGAGAAGACCGUUCAGAAGAUGCAGGCCAAACAGGAAGCAGACAUGAGUUUCCUUCAGCAGGAACAAGCCCUCUCUGCAGCCAAGGCCUCUGAUGUCAUCGUGGACCUGGAGCAGUGUGUGGCUCAGCUCCGACAGCAGCUGCAGGACUGUGAGAACAAGAGGACCAAACAGCUCAGGGAACAAGAAAGCAAAUCUUCAGAUCUUCUGCACGCCACUGAGAAAAAGGUGCGCUCCCUGCAGAAAGAGGUGGAGAAAGAGAAGGUGGACGCCAAGAAGAAGAUGUCCAAGAUGGAGGAAGCGCUGACGGAGAAGGAGGAUCAGCUGUGCAGGCAGCGGGAGUGUCACAGGCAGCAGAUGCAGCAGGCGGAGAGCGCUCUGGAGCAGUUUAAGAAACAGGCGGAGCUCAGCAGCGAGAAGGCCUUCACCGACAUGAAGCAGCAGAUGGAGAAAGUGGAGGCCGAUCUGAUCAGGUCCAAAGGGCUGAGAGAGAAGCAGGCGAAAGAGUUCUCCUGGCAGCUGGAGGAGCUCAGACAGAGAUAUGAACAGCAGAUCGUGGAGCUGAAGAUGCAGCAGGAGCAGGAGAGGACCCAGCUGUACGAGAGACACAACGGCGAGAAGGACGGUCUGGUGCAGGACCACCGCCGCGAGAUCCAGAGCCUGGAGAAGCAGUCGCUGGCCGCCAUGGUGCAGCACCAAGCCCAGACGCAGGAGUGGAGGAACCGAGACUCCCAGAGCAUCACGCAGCUGGAGGCCCAGGUGCACAGCCUGCGGGAGGACCUGCUCCAGGCCCACGCCCAGCGGAAGCAGCAGCUGAUGGAGCUGGGCGUGCUGCGGGAGGAGGAGCGCCAGAGGGCGGCCCAGGAGCAGGAGGCCACGCUGGGCCGGCUCCGUGCGGAGAUGGAGCGUCUCAAACAGGACCUGGAGAGGACCCACGCCGCCGAUAAGCAGCUGGCCCUGGAGAAGAGCAAUGCUAAGGUAAAGCAGGUUGAGAAGGAGUGCAGCCAGAAACUCGCCAGGUCGUCUCAGGCGUUGGUGGAGCUGCAGGCCGGUGUGUAUGCUGCUCAGGAGGAGGUGCGGCUGCAGAGGCAGGAGGCAGAGAGGCAGCAGCAGGAGGCCCGGGCGCAGUGGGAGGACGAGAGGAGGCGCAUCAUCCGCGACUCCGACCGAGCCACACAGGCCCUGCAGGAGAAGGUGGAGGGUCUGCAGAAGCAGCUCCACGGCGUGGAGAGGAAGCUGAGGUCCCAGGAGCUGGAGACUCAGGAGCAGGUGACUCAGAUCAGGCAGGAAUGUGAGGUGAAGAUCAAAGGCCUGAUGCCAGCAGCACUGAGACAGGAGCUGGAGGAUACCAUCACCUCCCUUAAAUCACAGGUGAGCUUCCUGCAGAAGAGAGCGGCAGUGCUGCAGGAGGAUCUGGACGUGUACCGGAGCAGGAGGUAACCAAUGGGAGCGGCGGAAUGUGAAGGAACGCCAAUCAGAGACAGAUGUGAGAAUCUCAGAGCCUGUCACCUCCCCUGCCACUCAUCCAAAUCGCACCCCGCCCACCCCUGUUUCUAAACACCUUUCCGUGCAAUGUUUUGGUUGAUGACCUUGCUACUUAUAUUUUAAUCCAUGCGUUUGCAGUCUUACAUAUGUUACAUAUGGUAUUUAUUUCAGUUUGUUUAAAAUUAAUUUUGCUAAAUAUGUUGUGAAUGUAUGACCUACCCUGUUUUCCAUGUGUUGUCGCCUAUGAACAAAACAUGAAUCAAGUUUUCAGAUACUAAGUAUACAGGAAAUAUCAAAUGCACAAUUGUUUUUUUAUUAAAAUAUUUUGAUGUUUUAUAUCUGAA